CACCCACCAUGCCGGAGCUGGCAGAGCUGAGCAGCCCCCGCACCCCUGCAGACGCGGAGCACAUCCAGAGGAAUAUCUUGGAGGAACAUGUGGAGCUCUGGUGGUUCCAGGACCCCAAGAAGUCCAUCCUAUGCUACGGAGUGGCUGUGGUGCUGAUCCUGGCCUGUGGGAUCGGGGGCAUCAUCCUGCUGUAUAGCACCAGCAGCCGGUCUGGGGAGUGGCGGCUGGCCGUGGGCACCACACUCUGCCUCCUGGCCCUGCUCGUGCUGCUGAAGCAGCUGCUGAGCUCUGCAAUCCAGGACAUGAACUGCAUCCGCAGCCGGGAUCAGAUCGAGCUCCUGAAGAGCGGGGGCUUCUCGGACUGCCUGGUGCUGCUGCUCAGCGCCCUGGUGCUGGUGGUCUGUGGGGUCGUUCUCACCGUCCUCUCCACCACGACCAUGCAGCUCAGCCCCGCGCGGCCGCUGGCCAGCAUGUUCACCAGCGGGGUUGUCCUCCUGACUGCCGGCAGUGCCAUCCUCCUCUGCCUGCUGCUCUACCUGCUCUGCACCUCCUGCCGCCAGGCAGCUCCUCGGAGCCUAGAGACUGGCGAGAUCCGUGUCUUCACCAUCUCCGGCCGCCUCGCUGCAAACAGGCGGCUUCCUCCCACCUCCAGCAUGGCCAACCUGAUCUGACCCAGGACGCCCCUACGUGACCCUCACUGGAUACGACGCGUCAGCAGGGUUUGUGCCGGCCUUUCCCCAAGAAAAGUGAGUGCUGCGGUGUGCCUUGCGCUUCUUUUGGAGAUGGCUGGCACUUGUUUUGCCCCAGGCUGAUGGCACAGCAGGGACCUGAGGUGCCUGGAUGGUCUCUGUGCCCGGAUGGUCUCUGUGCCCUGGCGCGUUAGGAGCGCAGUGCUGGCAUUUUAUCUCUGCAAAGUCUCCUGCGACAGCUGCUGCCUGCCCGGCUGUGAGCCCUGUCAGAGUUAAGGUGAGCCUGUCCUGUACCCCUGGGGACCCCAGCACUUGGUUGGUUCCUGCAGUUCCCGCGGCGGUGUCCUGCACUCUCCUGGCAAGAGAGGCUGAGACUGCGGGUGGUGUAAAACCACCCCGUGCUCCGUGUAGAGACACCAGCUCGGACCUCUGUCUCAGCUGCCACCAGUGCUCUGUGCCUCUGAGCCCGUGAAGGUGGGCACACACUGAGUGUGCUGUGAUGCUCUGUGUCGCACCAUCCCCUCCCUCCCAGGCUGUGGGACCCGUGAGCAAAGUAGAGCCUUGAGCAGCUGAUGAAUGGCAGGAAAUGUUCUGUGUGUCAGCGGGCAUGCAGCGCAAGCGAGGGGAACUCAGGGAGCAGCAAGGGUUGCUCCCAAGAAAGCACCUGUGUGUCUGGGGGAGGGAGCGUGGGAUUUGCAUGGCUGGACCUCACAUGACAUGCUGUUUGUGUUUGCAAUGCCAGGAUCUGUGCCAAUAUUACCUUUCGGCAGCCCACUAUCUUCUGUGGUCUAUCAAAAGGGUGAUCAAAGGGUGCUGGUGUCAGGGCCCUGCUGGGUUACCAGUGCUGGACGGCGUGUCGGGGCUCUGUUAUCGCACCGGUGUGCUCCAGCCACAAACAGCAAGGUGCAGUCGCUGGGGGAUGGUGAUGGGAUGCCCGAAUCGGUGCGGUGUGAGGAGGGAGCACUGUUGCCCUCUGACAGGAGUUUCCCAAGUGGAGACACUUCUUGCUGCCACGGGAGCGCUGCAGCUCAUCCCAGUCCCUGCUAUGCCCAGCACUGCAGCAAUCCCAUCCCCACGCUGUUUCUGUCUCUCAAGUGCUGCAGCUUCUGCGGGACAGAAAAGUUCUUCUGCUACCACUUGGGCCCCUACAAGGUGUCUAUCACUCAGGUGUCUUUCCCAGAUGCAGACUAACAACUCACAAGAGCUUUUCCUGUGACUUGAGGCUAAUUUACCUGUCAAAAUUCUAAUUUCCUCCACAGACCCAUGAACCAUUUCACUGCCCUUUCCAUAGACACUGAUCCUAACCUCCCAGCGAACCUGCUCCUGUGCAACUUUCUCUUCAUCUUCCUGUCUGCUCCCACUUCCCCCUCUCCUGAGCUGCUCUGCCCCAGCCAUUAUUUUUGCUCAUUAUUUGUUAUGUUCCCUCUAUAAUGAAACAAGACUGAGCUAUUAUUUUUUGGUGCCUGGUAGCAAAUUUAUUUGGAAGAGAAUGGUAGCUCAUUCCCUUAGUAACAGCACGAAUCACUGUCCGUGUUACACCUGGAGGCAGUGUCAGAGUUCAGCAUCAGGGAACCCCACCAGGUAUAUGCCGGACAAUGAGGGCUUCAUCCCUUCACAGCUCCAGACCACACCAUCUCCCAUGCACUCGAAUCGCAUGAGGGCACUUCUGUAUUCAUCCACUCUUGCCCUGGUCCUGCUGUCUUUCCUUCCCCCAAACCCUUGGAUUGUUUUCCCCAAAAUAUGGGAACAUCAUUUUUGGCUUUCUUUCUGGGUGUUUGUUAUUUCUACAUUUUCAUCUGCCACUUCCACAUCAUCUAUAGAUUUUAUUAAACUGCCGUUUCCUCCUCUCUCUGCAUUGCUUCCCUUAAUCUGCCCGAGAGUUCAAGAGGGUGUUACUAAGCUCAGGUCCUUCUGUGCAAAAUCCUCUGCAAAGCAAAGAGCCGUCCUUCCCCUCUGGGCUGUUCGAUGCCCGGUCCCUGUGCAUACACGGGGAGGGACAGGCCAGAGCCGGACAGUUUUGCACCAUCACCGUGGCUGCUGCUCUGCACGUCUGUGUCGUGCCUGUGCAGUUAUGCCAAGCCGCACCGCCUCUGCCGGCACCAGUGCUUUGGCAGUUCACUCCCAGCUCCCCCAACCUGCACAUGUGGACAGGCCACAGCUGCCUGCACACCAGCUGUUUUGCACAUCUGGGCAUUUCUGUGAAGGUGUGUGACUGUGCCCAGCUCGCAGCUCCGCGCUGCCUGCAUGCCGAUGUGAAUCCUCUGCUCCAUAGCCCCUUCAAAAGGUGACCCAAGUGCCCACCAAUUGUGCCAGAAAAGGACGCUCGUGGGCCGUGUCAGCAACCCGAGGAAAUAAUGGCAGAGAACAGGCUGUCCCCGAAGAUGGCAGUUUGGGUGUCUGGCUGCCCAGAUGGACAGCCUGCGCUGCCCCAGUCUCUGACAGCAGCGGUACUGGUUUGUUCCUUUCUUGAUUCUUGUGUUGUGUGUGGAAAUACAUAAUAAAGUGUUACAGAAGUUGACCGUGUUGAAAGCUUGUGACUGAGCGUCAGCCUCUCUGCGGAGCGGGAGGUGGCAGGGCUGUGCAGAGCUGGCCU